AAUAACUUGAAAGGUACGGGUAAUUACUCUUAUCGUUUUCAUCUUCUUCUCUCUUUCUCUUUCUCCUUCAUCUUCUUCGAUCUUCUCCUCCUGAUCCUUCAUGUCUGAUGAGCACAAGGAACUCUACGACCAAGGCCGAUCAACCAUGUACUCAUCGUCUUAUGAUUCGCAAGCUUUUGAUCCUUCUUACAUGAGCUUCACUGAGUGUCUGCAAAUGGGAGCCAUGGACUACAAUUCAUUUGCUUCUUCUUUUGCUCUGUCUCCUUCCACAAUAUUAACUUCGUCCGCUGAUCAAACUCAAAAGCCAUCGGAAGAUGCAGACUGCGGCGGGGGUAGCCGAGGGGGCGAAACUCCGGUACUGACCCAGAACUCAUCUCUCUCUUCCUCUUCUGAUCAUGGGGCUGAAGAAGAUUCAGGCAAGAACACUGUGGACGAUCAUAGCCAAGCCAAAGGAGAAGAGGAAGCAGAAAGAUCAAAGAAAGGGAAGAAAGGAAAGAAGAAAGGAGAGAAGAAGGAGAAGGAACCAAGGUUUGCUUUCAUGACCAAGAGUGAGGUUGAUCAGCUUGAAGAUGGAUACCGUUGGAGAAAAUAUGGCCAGAAAGCUGUCAAAAAUAGCCCUUACCCAAGGAGUUACUACAGGUGCACGACACAGAAAUGCACGGUGAAGAAACGAGUGGAAAGGUCGUUUGAGGAUCCAACGACAGUGAUAACAACGUACGAAGGUCAGCACAAUCAUCCUGUCCCCACUUCUUUGAGAGGCAAUUAUAAUUCUGCUGCUGCUAUGUUCACACCCUCGUUAUCGUCUUCUUCCUCGUCCUCUUCCUCCGUUCUCUCUCCUCUGACCAUGAUGAUCCCAUCCAUGGCUUCACCUCAAGACUUGCUUCUUCUCCACAGCACUCAUGGAGGCUCCUCCAAUAUAAAUAAUAACAGUUCUCUUUAUUACUCACACAACUAUGCUAAUCCUAAUUCUAUUCAGUAUCAUCAUCAUCAGCUUCCAUCUUCACUUCCUGAUCACCAUGACGAUGGCCUCCUCCAAGACCUGAUCCCUUCUUCUAUGUUCUUUAAACAAGAACCAAGACAUGAUUGAGUGGUCUCUCUCUGAUCUCUCUCCCUUGUUGUAUAUAAUAUAGAAUCUAUGAUCAUGGUUAAACUACUAGAGGUUCCAUAUUGUAGCUGUAGGUAUGGUUUUUUAGAGAAAUAUAUAUCAUUAUCUGACUUGGCUGAUCAAAACCCACUUGAAUGCUUUAUUUGGAGGUGGCCGGGUUAGCUUGAUAAUGAUCAGAAUUAUCAUGAGACGAAGCUAUCUAGCUACCUAGAAAGAGACCUAUAUCUAAUAUUGUAUGCAAAUGAUUGAUGAGUCCAUUAUUUGGGAUUUGCAUCUUUCUAUGAAGAUAGUGUAAUGUCACUUCCCUGAUUUAUGUUCAAACAUAAUACGCAAAUAUUUCCUGUUGGGUUCAAUUUCCGUGGGUGACUUUCUUUCAUCAUUAAGAAUUUGACACUAUUUGGGUUUAAUUUAGAAUUUAAAUAAAAUUUUUAAUUUUUCUCGUAGCCCUAGAUUUUUUUAUUUUCUGGAAAAU